CAUGUUGACAUGUAGUGAUAGAGCCGGUUCGUUCAACCCUGCUAGUGGGGGUUAUACACCAGCAAAUCGUGUGCUCGCCAGUGGGAGGUUUAUAAACGAUGGCUGUGACCUAUAGAGGAGACGUUUAUUUCGUGCUCGUACUGACCCGUCUCACGAGUGCACGGUGUCUGUCGCGUCUCGAAAUCGAGUUUUGGGGUGUGACAGAUUUUGUGGUAUCAGAGCUUGGUUUAAAUUAAGAGUUUAGGUUGAAAUUAAGAGCUUAAGAUUAAAUUAAGCACCUCCAGAUUGAGUGGCAUUAGAGCAGAUUGAGUGAUAUCCGAGCCUAGGUUUAAUUGAAUACCUAGGAUUUGUUUUGGACUUGGCUAGCCAGUGGAUUUUAGUACCGUGGUGAGACGAGUGAUGGGGUUAUAUAAGGGACAAUUCUGAUUCAUGUUGCCUGAAUUUUCUCAUCCAUUUCGAUGAGAUGGUGAUCUGAUUGUUCUUGUUUCUUGCCUUCAUACUCUGUGUGAAGUUGUGAAAGUAAUCUUGCCCGUUAUGUCCUUAAGACCUUGUUUUGAAACUUGGUCAUUUUCUGAUAGUCCGCACUUGUUUAGGCUUGUUACGUGAAUAGAAUUUUUGUAUGCUC